AUGGGUGCAGGGUACCCUUGCUCCACCGCCAGGUUGCCAUCAACACUACCACCGGAUCUCUGCAUCCGUUUCCUCUCCUUCCUCUCCCAAAACGCCCACACAAGCGAAGCGCCCGCAAUGACGCCCAGAGGGACCCCAACUCCAACACCAAUGGCUGUAUCCCGCCCCGCGGAAGACGAGGAGGAAGACGAGGAGGCUGAAGAAGAUGCCACUGAGGCCGACGAGUUGGACGAAGUACACGUACUAUUCCCCGACGAUGCAUCCGCUGUAGAGUUCGCAAGCGCCGCAUACCCAUACAGCAUCUUCCCUGUAGCAACCUCAAACGAGUUCCCAUGCGGACAAAUCACCUCACUGCCGUUGCUUAUCGGAGUACCGCAGCAAUACGUCGAGACGCCAUUCUCAUACAGGAGAUUUAUUAUCGAGCAACCGCCGUCUUUGUUGAUAUCCUCUACCCAGUAUAAAAGCGCAAAGGACGGACAAUUAUCCGACUCCCAGUUCGGAUCCGUACACGCCCCCCGGGACAGAACAUACGGCUGUUCCCCCGUAUCCAUGCAGAGAUUAUUCGAUAAACAGACGUCGGACUUUCCACAACAUGCGGUAUACGUGUCUGACGAGCAGGGAACGUUAUUGCUUGCGAUGGUGCCGUCAGGGAAGUAG